AUGGAGUUAUGGAAAUUCUUGGAAUGUAAGCUUGGUUUAACCAUGUUAACAGACAUUGCACAUUUGAACACAAAUCAAAUUACUACAAUACAACAAGGAGCAUUUCAAGACUUACCAAAACUCGAAAAACUGAGUUUGAACAACAAUCAAAUAACUACAAUACAACAGGGAACAUUUCAAGACUUACCAUUACUUAAAACACUGAGUUUGAACACAAAUCAAAUUACUACAAUACAACAAGGAGCAUUUCAAGACUUACCACAACUCGAAAAACUGAGUUUGAACAACAAUCAAAUAACUACAAUACAACAGGGAACAUUUCAAGACUUACCAUUACUCGAAACACUCUAUUUGAGUGGAAACAAUUUGACAUUUGUGCACCCUGACACGUUUAAAAAUAACACCUACUUACGAUAUCUGUAUCUUGAAAUAGUAUGUGAUUGUAAUGUUCCAUUUUGGUCAUGGAUGAAAUCAACACAUUUCUUCAGAGAUGUAACCUGUUUGGAUCGGAAUUAUGAUCAGCUGAUGAAGCUGCAAGCAAGCGAUUUUAAUAAUUGUACUUACACUUCUUGUUCGGCUGACUACUGUUCAAAUGGUGGAUCUUGCGGUCAAAAUAGUAAUGGUGAUUUAGAAUGUUCGUGUGUUGGUAUCUGGACCGGUGCUACAUGUACAGAUUCAACAUAUCUGUGUCCAGAAAACGUGGAUCCAUUUAAUACACAUUGGAGUAAAACAGCAGAAAGCACAUUAGUUAUCGUAGCCUGCAAUGGUGGAAACACGGGCAAUGCUUCAAGAUACUGCAAUAGCGAAGGACAGUGGGAGGAACCAAACUACAGCAAUUGUAUUAAAACAGAAAAUCCUUGUGACGAAAAUGUGGACAAAUUUCAUACAAAAUGGAGUAAAACAGCAGAAAACACACUCGCUUCCUUAGUCUGCACUGGUGAAUACACGGGCAAUGCGUCAAGAUACUGCAGUAGCGAUAGAAAAUGGGAUGAGCCGAACUACAGCAAUUGUAUAAGGAAAUCAAUACAAAAAAUCAAAGAACAGACAGCUAAUCUAUUGUCUGGGGACAGUGAAUAUAAUAUAGUGACUAUUAUCCUGACAGAGUUAGAAAACAUAACAAGAGAUAAUGAUGAUUUACUGUCUGGUGAUCUUCUGACGUCAUCAGUUAUAUUAAAUGAUAUUGCCAAGUAUGUUACAGACCACAGAGAAAAACUGUCACUUGAACAACUUGAGAUUUUUGCAUCUCUAUGCAACAAUUUGCUGGAUGAAAGAAACCGUCAGCCAUGGGAAGAACUUGUCGAUGGGGGGUCAGGUGGUGCUGCUCCGCUUGUAAAUGCAGUAACGGAGUUUAAUGAUGCAUUUAAUGAUGUUAUUGACAGUAAUUUCUCCCUGGUUGCUGUAAAGGAAAAUGUUGUAAUGGAAGUAGGGAAGACUAGUUCUGAUGAGAUCAUUGUUCCUGAUCGUUCGAAAACAAACGUUACAUGGAUAUCCGAUUCAGGAACUGAAAUUAAAAUGAUACUUCAAAAAGAUAUAUGUACCGGUUUGACGGGUUAUAGUAGCACAUUCUAUAGAAAUGUUUCAAGGCUUUUUCCAGAGUAUUUGUUACUAAAUGGGAAAGUUAAGUCAUUUAAUGGUAGUUAUGAUGUGAAUUCAAUUAUUGCUGAUUUUACGAUUCACGGACCAUCUUGUUCAAACUAUACCUUAAUUAUGAAAUUCGAUCACCUUUUGGGAAACUACACCAGACCAUUUUGCGGACAUUGGGAUUUUAAUACUCCGAAUACUAGUAAUGGAGCGUGGUCGUCCUUUGGUUCACGACUUGUUGAUGCUGAAGACUCUUAUACAAUAUGUGAAUAUAAUCACACAACUAAUUUUGCCAUAUUGAUGAGCCCAGGAGGGAGACCAUUGUCUCGAGCUCAUCACUUACCACUGAGUCUGAUAUCAGCCAUCGGAUGUGGAGUGUCAAUUUUAUUUCUGGUCAUCACAAUUAUUAUUCAUGUUGUAUUUUGGAGGGAUGUGAGCGAUGACGGAACAAAAGUGCUGAUGAACUUAUGUGUUGCCUUAAUUAUUUCGUACGUCAUAUUCCUAGCUGGCAUAACACAGACAGAAAAUAAAGUUGUUUGUUCAGUGAUUGCAGUUGCUUUGCAUUAUUUGUUCCUCACAGACUUCGCUCUGAUGCUGGCUGAGGGUAUUCUUUUUGUGAAAAUGGUUGUGUUUAUUUUCAACAAACGUUCUAUAGUUAAUCAGCUGAUACCACCAUGUUGGGUUGUUCCUGCUGUUAUAGUUGGAAUUUCUGCUGGUGUGACUAAACUUAAAGGAUAUGGCAAUCACAAGUAUUGUUGGUUAUCCCCUGAAACAAACCUCAUCUGGGCGUUCAUAGGACCAGCAUUACUUGUUAUUACGAUUAAUAUUAUCGUCAUCAUCAUAACUGUAUAUAAAAUGAUGACUGUGAAAGCCGUAGCUACAAAAACGCCAAAAGAGAAAUCCAAAAUUGGUUUGAAAGGCAUCCGUGUUAUGUUACCAUUGUUUGGAGUAACAUGGGUACUAGGGACAUUUUCGUUGAACGAUGAUCUGGUAAUGUUCCAAUACCUAUUUGCAAUUUGCAACUCUCUUCAGGGUCUCUUUAUAUUUGUAUUCAAUUGCUGCUUGACUGACAAGAUCAGAAAAGGUUACCGGGAGUAUAAGAGACGACGUGCCAAUCAAAUGGAUUCAAAACUAUCUACCGAGUGUACUAAUAAUGACAAUCUGAAAACAGGGCAUCGACGACAAAAUGUGUACACUGCAGAAAUGGACAAUACACUAUAACAAUAUAUGUCUAGGCAAUCAUGUACAGUCCAAUCUCGUUUUUUUAUUAUAUGUUUAUCAUUUUAGCUUAUUUUUUUACAAAUGUAUUAAUAUGUCUUUUAAAAUUACAGAUAAGAGUUAGCAAUUGCAUGUAUCAUAAUAAGUUUUUAGUUUUAUCAUUCUACAAGACGUUUUACUAUAACUAAUUUACUCAAUUAUUAUAUUAUAUUUCAUAAUACAGUAUCAUUACAAUCAUGUAUAUAUCAGAUACAAAAGUUCAUUAACGUGACUAGAGAGACAUACUAGAAAAAGUCACGUUAACAUCUUAUAUAGAUCAAAUAAAUGUUUAUAACAUAUUGUUUCUUUUUGUGUCAAGUUAGAAUGUUUAUACUCAUAUAUUAUUCUCUAUCUUUUUAGAUAAAAAACCCCUCUAGUAAACAAUGUAUAUCCAUAUCAACAAAUCAUCUUUAUGCAUUUUUUGAAGUUAUGAAACUUUAUAAAAAUUUUAUUAUAAUAUUAAUGUAUACAGGACAUGUACACCAAAGACGGAAUCAAUCUUCAACUGUGUAAAAAAAAAAACAUUUUGAUUUACUAUCAACAAUUAUUUAAAUAACACCAAGUCUUCGUGUUUUCUGAUUUUGAUAUUAACAUAGACACUCAAAUAAAAAAAGUAAACAUAUGCCAAGUAAAAUACGAAUUUGAAGCGUUGAAGACCCGAUGUUUGCUGUAAAUAACUAGUAUCUAGAAAGUCAACGUUUUGUAAACAUAUUAUUUACAAUAAUAACCAUAUAAGACAUCUACUUCGAGUAACAGUGGGGCGAAAGAGGAGUGGACAGUGAAACUCAUAGAUAGAACAUAAACUGACAACGCCAUGGCUAAAAAAGAAAAAAGGCAAACAGACAAAUAGUAGUACACAAGACACAUUUAUGUACUAGUAAUCAUAUAAGUAUAAUUACUAUUACCUUUUUUUGCUGUAAACGCUAUCAAACAAGACGGCUCCCACGAUUUCUUAAUAUUUAAUAAAAUAAGGUAUAAUUCAUUGUUUGUGACAAACUCUUAAAUUACUUUCUCACUAUAUUCUAGAAAAAAGAGGUAAAACUUAAUUUCACGCUAAAGAAUUUUACAAUUUGAUACAAGGCAUUUUUGCAACUUUCCUGCCUUUGUCUUUUUUUUUUGCCAAAAAAAAAAAAGAUGCAUGUUCAUGUUUUUGUUCAACCUAGAAUGUAUUGCAAGCUCUUUUUGUCAAAAUCGUUGCACAUUUGGUAUUGAAAUAUUUAUGUUUUUGUUUGUGUAGCUAGAUGCAUACAAUAGAAUUAGUCUUUAAGAGUGCUUAACACUAUAUAUUUUUUAUUUUUGUAAACCGAAUAAAAUGUUAUUGAUAAGAGACAACGAGAGAU